CUUAAUAUUUUUUAGUUAGGAUUAAUAUGAUUGUCACUUUAUUUACCCGUAGAGAUUGUUAGUUUUUCUCCUCUGUAUCUUUUCGUGAAGUUGGAAAUGUUACUAAAGCAAGCCUCUGAUUUCAGAUGUCCUAAACGAUGCAAUAUUUGAUGAAGAUCAUGAUGAGAUGGUGAUUGUGAAGGACAUAGAUAUGUUUUCCAUGUGUGAACAUCACCUAGUACCAUUUAUUGGAAAGGUCCACAUCGGUUACCUUCCUAACAAGCAAGUCCUUGGCCUCAGCAAACUUGCGAGGAUUGUAGAAAUCUACAGUAGAAGAUUACAAGUUCAAGAGCGCCUCACGAAACAAAUUGCCGUAGCGAUCACAGAAGCCUUGCGACCUGCUGGCGUUGGGGUCGUGGUUGAAGCAACACACAUGUGUAUGGUAAUGCGAGGGGUACAGAAAAUGAACAGCAAGACUGUGACCAGCACGAUGUUGGGUGUGUUCCGGGAAGAUCCAAAGACAAGGGAAGAGUUUCUCACUCUCAUUAGGAGCUAAACUUCCAGCGCGAGCCUCGCGCUCUGCAGAUCUUGCCUCUAGUAGCAUUGGUUGUCUGGCUUCAGCUGUUUGUACAAUUCCAUUCUCAAUUGUAAUAGACGUGAAACUUGCUCCUUGUCACUAAUUGUGUUUAAUAAUUAUUUAUUGCAAGUCAAAUAAAAAUAAUUUUAAUAUGGGGGUGGGCACUCUACUUUCUUCUUGCCACCGUUUAGUGGCAACAGUCAAGCACACUGCCAAUAGAGCUAAGUCAUACGCACACUGCCGCUGUCCUUCCGGUAACCCCAGGAUGCUGGUAAGGAGAGGAACCCACGUGUUUUGUUCAAAUAGUCUGGUAAUUUGGCUCAGAAGCAUAGGAGUGUUGGGAAUGGGAGAAAACUAUGGCCAAUAUGCUGCCUUUUCCACUCCCCAAACAAAAAUGGUGUAGUGCUUAAACUAAGCUAUUGGACAGGGUGCAGCUCUGUUCUGCAAAUUCAAAGUCCACCAGGCUCCACAUUAAUCAUGUUUAUUAAACCGCUGGUAACACUUUAUUUUUUAUGUAUUUAUUUUCUAACUGUCUAGUUGUAAUGUUAGUCACCAAGGCAAGGUGGUGAAUUACCUAUGUCUUUUAUUUUACUGUGAGUUCAAAAAGGCACAUUUCUACCUUGUGUUCUUGUUAAGAUUCAAGUGUAGGGAAUCCGUCUCCGGAGUUGUUUACGAGUGUAUUCUCAUGUCAGCAGACAGGGGUUUAGACAUUUAACUCUCUGUGCCUUGAUGAGAAUAUCACACCAUGUGGAGUGUAGAUACCUUUGCCUUUAUUUAAAAGCCAUUAUUCUAUAAGACUCAGUACUGACACUGCAAAUAACCAGUCCUCAAAGUUCUACCUUUUGAAAUUUCUUGGGAGCUUACUUACUUUGUGUGUUUUUUGCAGGUGCCUCAAAACUUUUUUUUAUCUUAAUAGUUUUUCUAAGUAUUCCAGAAAUUCUUGAGUGUUCAUCACUUUCAGGUCCGCAGAACCAUAGCUUCCGUGAACAUGAAAGCAUGCAGAAUGGGCUAACUGUGGACUGCACUGUGAGCUGUGUCCAGUGUCUAAUGACCGCUGUAGUGUUGGUGUCCCUGAAAAUUGCACCAUAAUCUUCUGGAAUCCCUGGAAGAUACCGGAAGCCCCCAUACUGGUUUCCCUUGUGGCCUGUGAGGGUCUUGUCUUCAGUGUAACUCUUCAAGUGGCCCAGGUCUUUUAGUCUGGGAAGCUGUUGCCUUAUCAAUGAUUGUCUUAAAGUUUCCUCUACUGGGGCAGCGUGGGCCAAAUUAAAACAACAAAAUAGCCCAACUCUCCUGCAAAACACAAAGACCAUCCGCAGAGAAGCGUCUUGUUUGGCUGACCUAGUGCUCCUCAAAUUUAUCCCAUUACCUUAAGAAGAAUGAAGUACAUUGCUUGCUUUAACUUGAGUGGUCCGAUCUCUGCCACUCUGAUGCACUUUGUUUGGCUUAUGAUGAGACAAAAUGGCAGAGAUUUAAAAAAAAUUCCCUACUUCCAUUUCCUAUAUUUUUCUAUGGAGUUUCUAAAGUACAAUAGUGGUUGAUUUUGAGUUCCUUUUAAAAUCAAAGCUAAUAUAUACAUUAUCCUGCUUAAUAUUUAGAUAUUUAGAGGCAGAAUGAAGCACUCAACUCAUGUUUGGUAAUUUAAAGUAAAAACAGGUGUGACUCGAAGGACCAAAGAAACUGUUACCUAUGAAUUUAUCUUUCUGAAAUCGAUUGUAUUCUUUUUUGAUGACUUUGCUCUAACAUUCCCUAGAAGUGUUCUCAUAAAGGUCUACUGGUAUCCACAGGCUGUUUUCUUAUUGGUAAAUGCAAGGUAAUUACCUUGUCUGUUUUACUCUGGUCUGUAGUACUUCAAAACUACCUUUUCAUAUCCAUCACUAUGAGUCCAUUUUGGGGACUUUUAACAUUGUUCAAUUAAAUUGUCUGAAUUUUAUGUAUGUGUGUGUAUGUUCCUGAAGUUAAUUCUAUUUAAAUUAUUAAAGUGUUACAACUUUGUUCUUGUGAAA